UUUUAUCUUUCUUUUUCCUAACUUUUUUAUUUUAUUUUAUUAUUUCUAUCUUUUAUUAUUAUUAUUAUUAUUAUAUAUAUGCCACCACAACGAGUUGGAAGUCUAUUAAACCAGUCAAGUUAUCAAGAUGCAGCAAUAAUAUUACACCAACUAUUAGAUGGACAACAUUCUCCUAUACAACUAGCAGCUAUCUCCAACUAUAAACUGGCUCAACUCACUUUUGCUCCUCCUGAUAUUCAUUCUUUAAGAAAAACUGCUCUUAUAAAAAAUACAGUUCAAUAUAUUUAUGAUAUUACUCCAAAAGAAUGGUUAGAUGAAAUGACUCGUUGGGAAUUCUUUACACUUGAAUCAUUGGAUGAAAUUGAUAUGACACAAGAAGGUUUGGAAACUAUCCUAUCUGAAUAUGUACAAAUCAUGGAUUCAUUCAAAUCAAAUAAUCAUCAAACAGUAGAAGAUACAGCUGGAACGAUAAAUGAUAUUGAAGAUGAAAAUGAUUUACUACAACAACAAAUACAACAAUUGAAGGAUUCAAAAGUACCUAGUCGAUCAUCAAGUGUCACAACUAAUUCAAGUAUUACUACAACAACAACAACAAAUACAACUAUUUCUACCACUGCUUCAUCAAUUACAUCAACUACCGCUCCGACAAACGGCAUAAAACGACAAGAUAUCAAGGAACAACGGCGAAAAAGCUUUAGACUGAAUCAAAAUCGUAUCAGUUGGACUAGUGAUACAGGAUUGACUUCCUUUGCGGCUUCUCAACAUCUCGCUGGCGAAUUGAUGAGUUUAUUUGAUAUGGAAUUCAAAGUCGAUAUUAAUCUAGAUCCUUAUGCUUCACCUGCUCCUCAACUUCCUGAAUUGACUUAUUUUAAAGAAAAACAGCAGCAUAGAUCAUCUGUGGAUUCUUUUAUGUGUUUGAUUCCUGCUUUUGAAUCUUUCCAAAUCGAUAAUUAUGAUGGUCAUUCUUUUGUAUCCAAAGCCAACAAACGUACUUCUAUCAUUACCGGUUCUUCCUCCAAUCGUCGCAUCAGUAGCUCAUUGUCUCCUACUCGAACGUCUUCUUUAAAGUACAAGAAUGGUUAUCAACAACAAAAACAAACCAAUAAUGAUUCAAUUCAAUCCGACAAUAAUUCUCAGCAUACGAUGAUACAAACAGAUACCCAGGCAAGAAAACCACUGACCAAGAAAAAAUCGAUUCGCAAAUUAGUAUCUUUAUUUGGAAAAAAACGGUUGAACUCGGAAACUGUGUUACCUUUCGAUCAUCAUCCAGGAAUGACAUCAAAAUCCAAAUCGAACGCCAUCAGUACUCAUGUAUCCAUGUCAACUCCAUUGCUUUCUCAAUCAACCUCAAAUCUGAAUAAAAAUGGAACACCAUUCAACGCAAUUACUCCUUCGACGUUGGCUUUGACAAAACCAUCAUCAUCAUCAUCAUCCUCUUCUCGUACGAUGAAUCUGUCAACAUCUUCAUCAUCUUCAUCGUCUCCUUACAAAGAUACUCAGCAAUAUAAUUCAAUGGAUCCAAAUGUUUCUCAUUCAACAUCAGUUACGAAUAAUAUCGCAACCACUACUACUACUACCCGUUCUCAACGUCGAAGAAGUAACUCUGUACCUCAAAUAUCAACUUUGAUGAAUAAUUUAUAUGAAGGACAACAACAAAUAAACAAUAACCAACCUACCCAAGCUCUCCCAUUCAAGCAAACUGAACAAACAGUUUCAUCUCAAAACUUGGAUCAUCACAAUGUAUACCCACAGUCUCCUGUCACUUUUGCUACUGGUAGUAAUGAUGAUAUUGGCGGCUUACCACGAUCCAUCUCGACUCAAGAGCUUGGUAGUACUACUCGUCAGGAACGGAAACAAUCUUUGAUCAGGUCUCCAGUCGCAUUAGCACAACAACAACAACAACAACAACAACAACAACAACAGACACAUUUAUACAAUAAACAUGAUAGUAUGCGGCAAUACCAUUCUACUCAUGAUUUAUCACAAGUUUACACCGAUCCAAGUUACAGUGGUGGAUCGAAAGAAUCUAUUUUGACAUCAUCAGGUUCACCAACUUCAAAAAAAUCAUCACCAUCCUUCAUUCAGCGCAUGACUACUACUUUUGGUCGACGAAAAAAACCAACAGACUCUAUCAAACAACAUCCAUCAUCUCCUGUCCCUGCUUAGUUUUUUUAUCUAUUGAUUUUUUUUUGUUAAUUUUUUUUUUUGUUUUACAUAUGUUUUUACAUAUUUGAUUUUUCUCUCUUCCUUGAUGUAUUCAAUAAAAAUAAACUCUUCCUUUCAAACUCAGUUCCACUCAUUUUUUACCAGCAAAUCUAUUUUUCUUUUUCUCUUCCGUUCCUUUUUACUUCUUUG